AUGAGAAGACCGCAUUUCAGGUGUGGAAAGGCUGAGAGGUCUUCGAAGAAGAGGUCCACGGUUGUAAGGGGUGGAGGACAACGGUUGUCCACGGUCUUCGGAGAGGAGGUCCGCGGGUCCUACAUAACAGUGGUGGGAACGUCGCGAUGGGCCCAUGUGGAGAGCGAGUCAAGUAUUACGCUUGUGAAGGAGGAUGGGGAGAGCAAGAUGGUGUCGCAGUUCACGAUGGAGUUGCAGGGAUUGAAGGCUAUGGAUGGUGAAGACCCUCCAAAGAUACUGCAUUUUAACCUAAAGAUUAAAGGGGAUUGGAGUGGCUGA